AUGCCAGGAGUUCCUACAGGACGUGCAUGCGACGGAUGUCGCAAGCAAAAGAAAAAGUGCGACGAAAAACAACCCACCUGCUCACGCUGCAUCCGUCUCAAACUAAAAUGCGUGGGAUCAGGCCAACAGCGCUUCAAGUUCCUGCAGGAAAAACGCUUCACGGUCUCUGCCCCAACAGUCUGGAAACGACAAUCUUAUUCCCCAGAGACGAUCAGCAAUGCUUCGGAUUGUGUGUUUUUAGUAGCUAUGCCCACAAAGCCUGAACACAUCCAUAUUCGUCUCCCGCCCAGUCCACCAACUGCGACGAUGACUAGCGUUUCUUCGUCGCUAGCGAAUCGGUUUAUCAAAACUAUUGACCGAUCCACCGAUCUUCGGUAUAACCUAUGGUGGACAUUCGGCGCUUACUUGGAAGAUGUCCCGCGAAGACUAGGUGAAAAUGAAGCACUCGAUCGCGCGAUCGAGACACUGACAGCCGCGCAUGCUGGGUUUUGCGGUGUUAACCGUCAAGGAGCAACAGCCGAGGCAUUGACAAAGUAUUCACAGGCGCUGAGAAUGCUACGAGUAUAUCUCGAUAAUAGGGUCCAUGCGCAAUCAUCCAACACGCUUUGCGCAGUGAUGGUCCUGCUAGUGUGUCAGCUGUUUCUGGGCCCGACUACACAAUACCGGUCUGGGCAUGCGGAAGGCGCAGCGCAGAUCCUUAAAGCGCGAAAACAAUGCAGCCCGCGUGAUCUGUUCGAGAAGAAGUUGUUCCUCUCGUUACGCGGCAGUGUACUCUUCGAAGGGCUCUUCAACGACCGAAUAAACCUCACGCAGAAAGAAUGGGACGAGCUCGUUACCAAUGAGUUUGACGAACAUACACCCGAAGGCCGGAUUCUACAAUGUCUCGCCCGUGGCCCCAAUGUGAUGUGUCGGGGCCGAUACAUUCUACAAGCAGGCAUUGACCCCGUAUCCAUACGCGCUGAAAUCUGGCCAUUGUACCAAAAAUGCAAAGAAAAUCUUCUCGAUCUCAAAAAAAGAGCGAUCAAUAAUGAUAUAUCAACUGUCGAUAUGGCGCAAGUCUCCAAGGGUGCUGAGAAAUUUGUCCAGGAAUUCUUUUACGCACAUUACCAGCGCACGUAUGGUAUCGGGCUGGUCGUGACGCUAUUUUUUAACUGCAUGCUUGGCGCACUAGGGACUGGCAAUGAUGGUGUCUUUUUUGAUGCGACUGAGCUCGCGGAAGAGGUUCUUGCCCUUGCGGAGCGGUCAGUAAUAUAUCGGCCUGUUGGCGCGGGAUAUCUUCUUAUUUGUCUUUCGGCUGCGUGGGCGGCUACUAGUGAUACCGUGUUGAAGGCGAAGCUUCUGGUUGCGUUGAAUGAUUAUCAAGCAGAUUUCAGGAUAAGGGAUCCGACUCAUCUAACACAUGAACUUGAGUGGACCGCUGAGCAUUUGAGACUUGGGGUUCCAUUUGGCGUUAAUGGGGAAAGACACUAA